GACGCUCCCCGCUUCAUAUCCCUGUAAGAAGCAGGGCUCGGCUCGCUGCAUUCCUGCCAGUGUCGGCGGCGGCGGCGAGCACAGGGCGCAGGAUGCGGGGGUCUCGCUGCUGCUGAGAGCCGGGGUGCAGGGGGCACACCUCGAAGAUUUGGAUGACAGAAGAGAAGAGCCCUGCACCCCGCCCAGGGAUGGCCCUGCUGAUGGAGGAGGACGAGUAUGACAGGCUGGUCAUGCACUCCGGGUCGGACUGGCUGAGGACGGAGAUUAAGCGGCUGUUCCAAGAGCUGGGGGAGACCACCCGGGAGAAGAUCCAAGCCGCCGAGUACGGACUGGUGGUCCUGGAUGAGAAGCAGCAGCUGAAGCAGCAGUACGAUGAGCUGGAGCUGGAGUACGAGACCGUCCGGCAGGAGCUGGAGCAGCUGAAGGAGGCAUUUGGACAAGCACAUAGUAACCAUAAGAAGGUGGCAGCUGAUGGGGAAAGUCGAGAGGAAACGCUCAUACAGGAAUCUGCAACCAAGGAAGAAUAUUACAUGAAAAAGGUCCUAGAGCUGCAAACAGAGCUUAAACAAUCCAGAAACGUGGUCGCCAACACACUGUCUGAGAACGAGCGCCUCAAUUCUGUGGCUCAAGAACUGCGAGAGUUGAAUCAGAAUGUGGAGGUACAACGUGCCCGUCUGCGCGAUGAAAUCAAGGAGUACAAGUUCCGUGAAGCGAGAUUGCUCCAGGAUUACACCGAGCUGGAGGAGGAGAACAUCUCCUUGCAGAAACAAGUUUCAGUUCUUAAGCAAAACCAGGUGGAAUUUGAGGGUCUCAAACAUGAGAUUAAAAGACUGGAAGAAGAGACGGAGUUUCUCAACAGCCAGCUGGAAGACGCCAUCAGGCUGAAAGAGAUAUCAGAGAGGCAGUUGGAGGAAACGCUCGAGACCUUGAAGACUGAACGAGAACAGAAGAAUAACCUGCGCAAAGAGCUGUCCCAUUACAUGAACAUCAAUGACUCCAUGUACAGCAACCACCUCAACCUCUCCCUGGAUGGACUCAAAUUCAGCGAUGAGAUCACAGAGCCCAACAACGAUGAGGUCAUGAAUGGUUUCGAGCAUAAUGGGGUCAUCAAGAUUAACAAUGAUAAUAAAGUGUCCACUCCCAAGAAAAAUGACCCGGCCCCAAGUCUAGUCUCUGACCUGCUAAGUGAACUGAACAUCUCCGAAAUACAAAAAUUAAAACAGCAACUGAUGCAGAUGGAAAGGGAAAAGGUUGGUUUGCUGUCUACUCUUCAGGAAUCUCAAAAACUGUUGGAGAACACCAAAGGCGCUCUAUCUGAGCAAAAUGACAAAGUCAGCAGGCUCACAGAGAACCUAAACGCCAUGAAGAAACUCCAAGCCACCAAAGAGCGCCAGUCCUCUCUAGACAAUGAGAAAGACCGUGAUAGCCAUGAAGAUGGGGACUAUUACGAAGUCGACAUUAAUGGCCCUGAGAUCUUAGAGUGCAAGUACAAAGUAGCCUUGGCAGAAAUACAUGAUCUGAAAGAAGAACUGAAAUGUGUGAAGGACAAAUAUGAAGACUGUGACUCCAAAUACGAAGAGGACAAGAGCAGAUUUGAAAGUGAGACACAAGCCAUGGCAGAAAAGAUCUCUGUGCUAGAGAAGACCACGCGGCAAGACAGAGACCAAGUUGUUAAACUCGAGAAGGAACUAAAGAAAGUGAGUUAUGUGGCCGGUGAGACACAGGGGAGUCUCACUGUGGCUCAGGAUGAGUUGGUUACUUUUAGUGAAGAGCUGGCCAACUUGUACCAUCACGUGUGCAUGUGCAACAACGAAACACCCAACAGGGUCAUGCUGGAUUACUACAAGGAGGGGAAAGGUGGAAGGAACAGUCCUGAAGGUAAAGGGCGCCGGUCACCGAUAUUGCUUUCCAAAGGCCUUUUGAGCCCAGAGAAUGGCCACAGUGAAUCUGGUUCUCCUGUGUCUCCAGUCCCAUCACCUGUUUCCGACCACAGAAGAGAACCCAUGAACAUUUACAAUCUCAUUGCCAUUAUCCGUGAUCAGAUCAAACAUUUGCAAGCUGCAGUGGACAGGACCACAGAGCUGUCCCGACAGCAGGUGUCUAACCAUGAUCUUGGACCAGCGGUGGAUAGAGACAAAGAGACCCUCAUGGAAGACAUCUUGAAGCUGAAGUCACUACUCAGCACUAAGAGGGAACAGAUCGCUACUUUGCGAACUGUGCUUAAAGCCAACAAACAAACGGCAGAAGUCGCUCUUGCCAACUUGAAGGGCAAAUACGAGAACGAGAAAGCCAUGGUGACUGAAACUAUGAUGAAACUGCGCAACGAGUUAAAGGCACUCAAGGAAGACGCUGCUACAUUCUCCUCUCUCAGAGUCAUGUUUGCCACUAGGUGUGAUGAGUACGUAACGCAGCUGGAUGAAAUGCAGAGGCAGCUGGCGGCGGCCGAAGACGAGAAGAAGACUUUGAACUCACUGCUCCGCAUGGCCAUCCAACAGAAGCUGGCAUUGACGCAGCGUUUAGAGCACCUGGAACUUGACCACGAGCAGGCGAAGCGCGUGCGCACAAAAUCCACGUCCAUUAAAAAAAACAGUAACCCUAGCAUUAUCAGCACACUGCUUCCUGUGUCCAGGCACUCUGCCGCUAAAUAGUCAGGACAAGCCCCCAGUGACUCUAGAAGUUGUAGAAUAGUCUUCGGAGAAGAACUUGCGAUCCAGUGCAUUGAGAUGCACAUAACUCCAGUCCGAAUAACACUUGACAUUUAGAGCCAAUGGCAAAAAAAAAAAAAAAAAAAAGAGACGGGAAACUGCACCCUCCUUUAAUUUCAUACACUUUACAGGAAGCGCUCCUUCCCAUUAUUUAAUGUUUUCUCAAUAUAUAUUUUCAAAAUGAAAAGCUUUAUUAAGUGCUGCUGGGGAAGAAAACUUACAAGUGCUGAUCCAAACUCUACUAUCAACGAUUCUAUGUUAGUAUCAGUUGCGUUGGGAAAAGGGUUUUUUUUUUUUUUUUUCAUUUUAUUAUUUUACAUCAGAUUGUUAAACCUGUGCACUUUUGAUAUUUUAAUGUUUUCUGUUUUCUCUAUAUUUUCUGUAGAAAUAUUAUAGAACAUGUAAUGGCUGCAUUAAUAGUCUGAACAUGGCGGUUUUCCUGGGUAGUAUUAACUCUUGUGCGUGUUGAUUUUAGUAUCGGCAUGUUGCAGGGAAUUUAUUUACUGUUUUUAUGAUUUAAUACACUCAAUGUUAAAUACAUACAAAUAUAUAUGUCCUCUCUUACUACAGCUUUUUUUUUCACAAUACUAGUUUUAUUUGUGUUUUUGUUUUUUGUUUAUGUUAUAAUUACUGAUUUUAACUGCCAUGCUCAUUUAACAAAAACAAAAAAAAAAUCCAGGGUCUGAAAAUUCUGGGGUUUUCAUACUAUUAUUAUUCUUAGGAAUAGCUUAAUGUAACAAGAAAAAAACUUGACUUUCUUUGGUUAAAACAGUAACAGGCACUUGAAAAAAACAAAAAGGUUCAAUAAGUAGUAUUACCUAAAAUGUCGGAAUAUCCUGCUUUUUGGGAAAUCAAGAAUUGCUGAUGAACAGAAUUUUAUACAACUACCAGUUAAAUUCCAAAUUGGAAUUGUUUGUUUUUAUUUUCUUCAUUAUCGUGCCAAAUUAUGGUACAUCUAGCAAGUUCAAUUCUAAAGUUGUUAAUUAACAAGUGUUUAUACAGUAAGCCUUUGUUAUGGAAACCAGUAGUGCCUUUAUGAUUACUGAGAACAUCUUAUACUAGGUGUGAAGGGGGGAAGAAAAGGGUCUGAAAAAUUAAUGAAUCCAUGCGGAGCAAUAAAUGCAAAGGAUUAAAAAAAAAAAAUAACCUUGCAUAUAUUUAAUGGAUAAGAGUAAUCUGUAUUUAGGGAAGAAAAAUUGUCAAAAAGAAAAAUUCCGUUGGUCAGUGAUUCUUUUCAGUGCAGAUCCUUACCAAUUCAGGAAAUGAGAAGAAAAAUAAUGUUUGCAAACCAAAACUAAUAGCUUUUGAAAAUUGUUCUAGCAAGAUGUAUAACUUACACAUUUGUGGCGGCUGUGCCCCAAACUCAAGGGACUUUCUAUUAUCUGUGUAUGGUGGUGGACGCAGUCUUACCAUUCUAUCGCUGGCAAAUGUGGAAAACACAUUUAAUAUCUACUCUUGCAUGUUGUAUUUAUCUGCUGUUGUUUUCAGGAAACAGAAAUUGUGAGAGGCAUCAACAAGCACCGCCGGAUUGGCGGCUGUUCGUUGAGGCAGAGGCAAUUGUUUUUAAUUGGUACUCGCUAAACUACUGUCAUUUUUUCUUUUUUACAAGAUGACAAAAAUAACGGAAAAUUUUAAUAGUGGGGGAAAAAAAGAUUUCUGUUUGCUGGAAAAACAGUAUUAUUUCUAGUUGUUGGGAUUUUAUAUUCUCAUCUUUUACAGUAUUGAUCCUUAAACUAUUGUUACUGCAAAUUAUUUCAUAUGUAUGUGGGUAUUUAUUUGAAAUUAUUUCAUAAAGUACUGUAUUAUUUUAAUGUGCAUUACUUUUAGUGGCAAAGUGUUCUUCAGUUACAUGUCAUAUGCACGUACUCUUGCCAAGUAACCUUUACACAGAUCGGAAAGUUGAAGCAGUCGUUAUGGCAGAGAUUGGCGCUUCUUAUAAUGGUUUGUCUAGUGAAUGAAAAGUGUUAAUUAUAUUAAUACAAGGUUGUGUGUAGCAAGUUGCCUGUGUAAGGGUAGUCACAUGUAUCAAUAAAGGUGAUAAAGGAA